UGUAAAUAACAGAACGCGCACAGCUCAGUGCUCUUUGCCAGUUUUACUGUGUAAUUAGCUUGGUCUUCGCAAAGAGGUUAGUUGCUAGUAUUUCAAGUGAGAAGGAUGGAAUCCAGUAGUUUUAAUUGUGUUUUUAGAGUGAAAAAGGAGCCUACUGAUGCUUCACUUAUCAAAAAUAAUUGUAAAAUGACUGACGAAAAACCUGAUCUGAAAAGCAUCCAACUUUUAACAUUUCCGCAAGAAAAUUCAAUGAAUACCUUUCGGAAGUGUAAAGAAAAUCAUGAAAGUGAACUUCAGGACAAAGUAGAAAUAGUUGUUGAACGCGAAGACGUCAAGCCCAACAUUGAAUUAUUAAAAGUCAAGAAAAUUGACGGUGAUUCACCAAAUCACUUGCGGAAUUUAAAAGAUAAUGGUAAUAAUAACAAACCUCAAAAUAUAAUAAAACUAGAACCCAUGGGGAAAGUAAAACAGGAAUUUGUUGGUGCUAUUGAUGAAGAAUCGAAUUUGAAUUCUAACUGGGAACUUGGCAAGCCAAAUAAAAAACAUAAUUUCAAAAAACACCGCGGUAUUUUAGAUAAUGAUACAACUCAAGCAUGUAAAAUAAGCAGUAAAAAUUUCUCAACUAAAAGUAGGCUAAAUAGACAUGUCAAAUCAUUACAUCGUUGUCUUACUCAUUCAUGUGAUAUUUGCGGAAAUUAAUUCUCAACCAAGAAUAAUCUCCAAGUCCACAUCGAUUCGGUGCACAAUGGUAUCACACUUGCAUGUGAUACAUGUGGAAAGACAUUUAAAUGGAACAGGGAUCUCCAAGUCCACAUCGACUCGGCGCAUAAUGGUAUUAGAAAUACAUGUGAUAAAUGCGGUAAGACAUUCAAACAUAAUAAUAGUCUUAGGAUUCACAUUGAUGCUAUGCACAAUGGUAUCACUCAUGCAUGUGAUACACGUGGAAAGACAUUUAAAUGGAACAGGGAUCUCCAAGUCCACAUCGAUUCGGUACAUAAUGAUAUCAAAUAUGCAUGUGAUAUUUGCGGAAAUAAAUUCUCAACUAAGGGUCAUCUCAAAACUCACAUCGAUUCAGUACACAGUGGGGUCACCCAUAAAUGUGAUACAUGUGGAAAGCUAUUCAAAUAUAGAAGUCAUCUUCAAAUCCAUAUCGAUGCAGUGCAUAAUGGUGUGAAAUAUGCA